CGAAAGUAGGCUAGCUGGCGGUCCAGUUCAGUUCAGUUCGCUACCAUGUGUUGAUUGUGUGACCCGGUGGAGUGGAGUAUCCCUACAACUAUGGCCUCGGAGAUCCUCACUGAUUGUGACUCUGGGCUGUUCAUAGCUUUUCCCCUGGAGCAGGAUCGAGCCAAUAAGACAGAUUCUACAUUAACGCCCUGCGAAAUGAAGAUGUGGCAAGACAUCGAGAAUUUCCUGUUAGCACAGCCUACUCCACCUCAAGCUUCACCAGUGAGUAUCUGCGGGUCAGGAACGGUUCCGGUGACAACAGUGACAACGGCGACGGCUGCAGUCAUCCAGGGGCCCGUGGGGUACCAAGCCGAGGAAUUUGUCGAUUUGGACAUGCUCAUCAACAGCGCUGCAGAACAACACAGUCUACAGUACUCUCUGCAGCAAGAGAGGUCUGCAGCCAUCAAACUGGAGACUGAACAACAGAGCCUCCAGUACAGGUCGACCAAGUUGGACACUGAAGACCCCGGCAUGCAGUACGUGCUUCAACAGGAAAGACCCCUCAAACUGGAGAGUGAACAAGACUUGGUUCUGCAACAAGAUCAGGAUCAGGUGUUCAGAAUAGACGCCACUGGAUCUGUGACUUUCAACGCAUUGAUGACGGUAUUCCCGAGCCAACAGAGCGAGUACAGCCACGGACAAAUGUCUCCCCCAGCGUCCCCUGGCACACUCCAAGACAUGGUACCCUCGGAACUAGCGAGGAGACUUAACAGUGACGACCUCCUAUCCACCCCUCUGGCUAAGGUCAUGACCCCGCCGUCGUCACCGAGUCUAGGAGACAUCAGUCAGGACGGACUAGACAAGACCUGCGGCAAGCGAGAGCGACGGACCCUCCCUCGUAAGAAACUGACCACACAUUCUUGCUAUCAUCCUGGCUGCGGCAAGACCUAUACCAAAUCCUCCCACUUGAAGGCUCAUCUCCGCACCCACACGGGCGAGAAGCCGUACCAAUGUCAGUGGAAGGGCUGCGGCUGGAAGUUCGCGCGGUCCGACGAGCUCACUCGACAUUACAGGAAACACACGGGAGAUCGUCCUUUCCAGUGCAGACUCUGCGAUAGAGCGUUUUCGCGCUCCGACCAUCUCUCGCUGCACAUGAAGCGGCAUAUCAACAUCUGAGAGGGAUUCUUCCCUCACGUCACCCUCCCCCUUUCCCUCCCACCGCGCGAGCAGAGUCUACGAUCACUAGCAAUUGAGAGAGACAAUAAUUACCUAAAGAUAAUUUAAGUGUCACCGAUUUAACAUUUAUGAGUAGUUUUAUCUAACUUUUGAAAAGUAGAAACCAAUUUUGCUCGAGCUUGAUAUUAUAUUUUGCUAAAGCACUAAAACUCUUAUUUAAAGUCCUUUGAACACUUUGUGGGAUGUUGCAUCUCUCGUGAGGAUUGGGAGAAACACUGUAGCUACGAGACCACUGUCGGCGACAGAAGAGCGAUCUUGUAUUUAUUUACCAUAAUCACGAUCGCACUAAACUUGCCGAGUGGUCCUGUGUACAAUCAAAACGUGUCAUUCAUCUUUGCAUCUGACAUCGAUUAGUCUAUUGAUUUUAAUAUUGUAUUUUGUUGUGCCAUUACUGUUACUGUAGGUAAGUCAGCCUGUAAUGUGUAAGUUCUUCUUAGAGAUACAUAAGUAGUCUUGUCAAGAGACUGCUGUCAGGGCUGGCUCGUCUGUCAUACUACUCGAAGUUCAGGCUGUUGUAUACCAAUUUCAAAAUCACCCAUUUAUUUAAAUGGAUCGUGCCUUAAAACGGGAUUUGAAUCGUUUCGUCGCUAAAGUGUUUAAAGUUUGUAAGUCUCGUGUGGUUUGACAGGCGAGGACGACCCAGUUCUCUUACCGAACACUUCUUGUACAUAGCAAUUAGUCGUUUGUUACCAUCAAUAGUUUUAGAGGUCAACAAAGUUGUGAUUUCGCCAAGCGUUUGAUCGGUUUAGACGAGUGCAGUUCAGUUGAUGGAUAAAGCGGUAGAUCGACCUAUUCACAUUCACAGCCCGUUGUAUUGUCUUGUGAUGGUGACCCGGUCACUAGGGAGCAUCAGCCGAUUUCAUCGCACUUGUGCAUUGUGUCACCGAGUGUACUUUGUUCUGUUUUUAAACACGUUAUUCAAAUUACUCUAAACUAUUUACUUUUCUACAUUGAGUUCCAAAAGUUUUAAUUUUAUACUACGUGUAGGAAGUCUCAUUUUACUGGUGUAAAUAAAAAAAAUCCGAAAUUUAAAAAGUAAAAGGUUAAAAUAAUGUUUUUUUUGUUAAAGUUUGAAAUUGAUUAUACUAAGAACAAAUCAAAUUGAUCUUUAUUGCCAUUAAUAAGGACUUGGCAUUUACUAUUGAGCCAUGUUUUCUUUCCCUAUGAAGAUUGUACUUUCCAGUCCUUGUUGACUUUCUCUUCAAGCUCCUGCUCUUCAUCAGAGCUUGAUACUGUACGUGUUGUCGUCUGCUACGAGCUAUAGCGUCUCAUGCUACCUCACCCUAAAAGAGCUAAAGACAAAUCUAAAACUCGUAUUUAUACCGUAUAUUUUGUUUGAUGAUUAUUAAUUUGAACUUCCUUUAUAUUAAUAAUACAGUCAAAUGCUCAAAGGCUGCGAUUUCCUGUGAGGCUCAAAAUUGUAUUCAUUGCCUGACGCCACCCAUCCUGGAGCAACCCCUGGCUAUGUAAUUUAAGCUUAAUAUGGUAUUUCAUGUUUUACGUUUUUAAAUUAAUUGUACUUCUAUCAUUUUUUGUUAAUUAAAUUUCUAAUCGAAUUAAUAACCGACCCGCUUUAACUUUAAGAUAUCGGAGCAUUCGAAGAUGACUCAGCAACUGAUAAAGCUUAUCCAUCAGCUAGAACUUAGCUCGCGUAAAACCAAUCACAUUUGACUUCAUUAGAUCUAUGUUAGCCAUGUAACCUAUUGAAACUUGAAAGUUAAUGUGUUUUCGUUAUUGCCAUAUGUUGUGCCAUUGUAUUUACGGUAGUCCCACUGUUCAAUAUUGUUUUAUAAGUAUACAACAUCAAGUGCAAAGUCUCAUUAGUUUAGUUAAAUUUGAUUAAUUUACAGAUUAUAAUAGUUGCAACAACCUAUUCGAAUCACUAUUUGACUUGCCAUUGAUUUUAUUUACCAUUGAUCUCAUUAUCGCUUAUGAUUCACAUUUGAACUAUUACACGUUGUGAUACGUUUGUUCACUAAGAGUUGUACAUUGGAUUAAAUAAUCGAGCAUACACCAAAACUUUUAUACAAUAAAUUUAGCUUACUAAAGAUUUUUAAAUGUGUAAAUAUAAUGCUUGGUUUGCAUAUUUUAUAAAUAUUGGAUGCCGUAUUUGUAAUUAUUGUAAUUCAGCUUUUAAAAUCAAGCAAAUAAAGUUCUAAGUGAAUAGUUACACAGGGAGGCAGUUUUGUACAUCAAUUGCUUUUGUGGCUGAGAACUAGUCGCUGUUGGGAAAGAUAUCGAGGAAGAAACACAAAUCAUAUUCCAGCCAACUAUAGUUUUGUACCCGAUAUCUGUCUAUUAAAAUAGACAUUUCGUAUCCUAAUAAUUUAUAAAAAUCUACCAAUACAAGCCAAUAUCUACAUGUCAUUUUAAAGGCCAUAUUAUAUUUAUAAACCGUAACAUAAAUAUUGACAACGUUUCAUUUUAUUAUUAAUAAUUGUGAGAUACAACUAAGUAUGAAGGUUAGCUGCUAGAAAUUAUUACCAAACCUGAUUAGACCUAAUUUAAAUUAGUUUAAAUUAUGAACAAUUGUUUUUAGCUUAUUUGUCACUUAUGAACGAACGGUUUUCGUCAUGACAUUAAUAAUUAUACAUGAACUACGAAUCAUUUUUAAACUUUGGUUUGACUUCGAAUAAAGUUUUUCGGCAAAAUCACAAUUGUAGCAGCUUUCAUAAAUACAUUACUUGCUUACUUAAUUCCGUGAAAAUGUGCUAAAUCAUAGUAAAAAGUUUAUAUCGAAUUAUGUUAUUGCUAAAAUACCAUCAGUAUUAUUUUGUGACAAAUACCGGAUAUCUGAUGGCCUGAAUUGAUAGUUAAUAAAUUAUGUUUAGAAUAUAAACUAACUUGACUUAUCGUGACCAAAUACAACAAGACCACAAGGUUAUUGAGAUCAAAAGAUUGAAGUAUUUGUUAGCGGAAAUAUAUAACAGUUGAGCUUAAUUUUACAGCAUUUAGUUUUCAGAUUUAAGUGUAAAAUAAAAACAAAAUUACUGUAGAAACUUUAGAUACAAUCUAACUGUAAUUCAUGUGCAAUAUUUGAACGGAUUGCCGUUGUAAGUUUGUGUACUGCGACUUGUUAGGUUGUACAUUAAGCUAAUAUACGAUUACAAUGCCUAGAGAUAUACAUGUCAACUACAAAGAAAACUGACAGCAACCAAUAUGUCUUUUAAAAAAAGAAAUAAAAGUGGAUGUUUUAAAACUAAA